CAGGGUUGCCAAUAACAAGUGACAGGUCGUCAAAUAGGUCAACAAAGCAAUAUGUGCCGUUUUAGCUGAAGUUGGGGUGCAAAUCGUGGCAUUGUUCAAUGCGAAACCGCUUUGGGGCGUGCUUGGCGUUAUUUUCGGCGGCGUGGUGGCCGUUGGGUCGUUGUUGAGCGUUGCUGAGCGCCCUAACCUCACCUUUCGGAUCAGCUGAGAGUGGGUAGGAUGAGUCGCAGGGCCCCCGGACCCGUGCCCAAUCGGUGGAUGCACUGCCCCCGCAAAGCCGCCGAUUUGAUAAUGGGCUACUUCAUGGCCUUCAAGACCCCCCUGAGCAACGGGUACGAUAGUUUGGUGCCCCCCGAAUGUCGGUUUCCGCCGAAAAUGCUGUUCGAUUUGUGCAAAACGAAGAAGAUCAAGUUCGGACUGUGGAUUGAUUUGACGAACACGACGAGGUUCUACGAUAAGGAAGAAGUCGAAGAUGAGGGCUGUAAGUAUAUUAAGUUGCAAUGUCGCGGGCAUGGGGAGACGCCCUCGAAGGAGCAGACGAACACGUUUAUUCAACUGGUGCACAACUUCAUCACGCAUCAUCCGUUGGAGAAAAUCGCUGUGCAUUGUACGCACGGCUUUAACAGGACUGGGUUUCUCAUAGUCUCGUAUUUAGUUGAGAAAAUGGACAUGGAGCUAGAGUUGGCGAUUGAAACAUUUGCCAAAAUGAGACCUCCUGGCAUUUAUAAGGGGGAUUAUUUGACGGAAUUGUACAGUCGGUAUGACGACCCCGCUGAUACGCCCCCGCCCCCUACUCUCCCAGAUUGGUGUUUUGAAGAUAACGACUCUGAAUCGCCCCAACAAAAUAACCGCGAAGAGCCGGCUUCUUCCUCAAAUUAUGGGGCGACCAGAAGAGGUGGGUCGCAUGCGAAAUUCAUGGAGGGAGUGCCGGGAGUGACGCUUUUCACCGAACAACCGAAAGCUUUUCAAGUACAGAAAAAAGUGCAAGUUAUGUGCGAGUGGAAGAAAAAGGGGUUUCCUGGUUGUCAGCCGGUGUCAAUGGAUAUUAAUAAUAUAACUUUGUUGCAUCAGAAACCUUACAGGGUUUCUUGGAAGGCUGACGGGGCCCGGUAUAUGAUGCUGAUUGAUGGACCCGAUGAAAUUUACUGCUUCGAUCGCGAUCAUAAUCCAUUUAAAGUCAGCGGACUCACUUUUCCGCACAGGAAGGAUCUGAGAAAACAUUUGAAAGACACGCUACUUGAUGGGGAAAUGGUGAUUGACAAAGUAAACGGAGAAGACAUUCCGCGUUACCUGGCGUACGACAUCGUCAAAUUCGAGGGUCAAGACGUGGGCAAGAUGCCUUUUUACCCCACCCGAUUGCACUGUCUAGAGAACGAAAUAAUUAAGCCUCGCUACAUGGCGAUGGAAAACGGUCUCAUUAACAAGGCUUCCGAACCUUUCAGUGUUAGAAAGAAGGAUUUCUGGGAGAUAACUCAGGCUGCUAGUUUAUUAGGUGAAAAAUUCGCAAAGACUUUAUCACACGAACCAGACGGUUUGAUUUUUCAACCGUCCAAAGAGCCUUAUUCUCCAGGUCGUUGCGAUGAAGUCCUCAAGUGGAAGCCUCUCAAUAUGAAUUCCGUGGAUUUUAGGUUGAAGAUUGUGAAAGAGGAGGGGGCGGGAAUUGUCUCUCGGAAAGUGGGCCAUUUGUACGUUGGACAUUUAGAUAAACCGUUUGCAAGAAUGAAAUACACGAAAAGUUUAAAGGAUUUAGAUAAUAAAAUUAUUGAGUGUACAUUUGAGGAUAAUCAGUGGAAGUUUAUGAGGGAAAGGACUGAUAAGUCGUUUCCGAACAGUUUUAACACUGCGAAAGGUGUUUGCGGCAGCAUUAGUAACCCUAUAACUAAAGAAAAGUUACUGGAUUAUAUCGAAAGGUAUAGAUUCAACGAUGAUAGUGAGAUGAUGCCGCCACCUCCACGAAGGAUACGGAGAUGAUGAAUUUUACGGUUUUAUUUUGUUCCAUAAUAUUUUUUAUGACAGACAAAAGAUUGGUGCACCAUAUCGAUCACCCAAAACUUACAACGUAAUAACCAUUAAUUAAUUUAUAAAAUAUACGAAUCCUAAGCUGA